GUCAGCUGACAUCCGUUCUGUUGCCAGUUCGACAUUUAACUGUUCAACUGUUUUUUCCGGUUCCCAAGUUCACCGUUUCAGUCAGUUUCAGUAUUUGUAAAAAUCUAUGGAGAAUAUGGUAGUUCCAGUGGUUGAUGAAGCAGGUGACAGGGAUGGAAACGUUGCCAUUAUUAGAGAGAUUUACGACAGUGAAAAUGCAAAUGAAACUUUUGAAUACGAACUGGAAAGGGCAUUGGAGUCUGAAUGUAGUUUAAUUGUAAUAGAACCAUCUAAACUAGGAGAUGAAACUUCAAGGUGGAUAACAGUUGGAAAUUGUCUUCACAAAACGGCUGCACUGUCAGGUGCAGCUGCAAUAAUUACAGGCCUAGUAUGGGGAAAUAAACUUUACCUCUGUGGACCUCUUGGUUUUACUUCUAUUAUAACAUGUGGACUGUAUACAGUUUCUUGGCAGUUUGAUCCAUGUUGUCAAUAUCAGGUAGAAACUGACACGAGUAAACUGCCACACGUUGAAGUACUUGCCAAGUUAGGACCUUCGUCACCUACAUUUCUCGUUAGAAAAGAUGACAGAAGAAGAAGAAUCCUUCACAAUACAAUUACAUUAAUGGCAUUUAGUGUUACUGCGUGGCGAGUUUAUCAAGCGUUCAAAUGAAACAAAUUCCCUGCAAGUUGUGGGCUUUUUAUACAGAGACAAACGGUAGGGCGUAACUAAAUUUUGCGUAUGAUCGUAGAAAGACAUAGAAUAGCAUUUGUUUGAAUUAGGAAAAAUACAAUUCCUGUUGAACAAUCGGUAGGCUUGAAAUCCAUCGACAUUAACUUCAAGUUGAUGAAUUAUUUUUAUUUACUUUCCCAUCCAAUCUAAACUCAAAGAUAGAAACGUGCUUCUCAUUUUUUAUUUUUAUAAAAAUUCAAAUUAAUUUACCAAAAUAUUUUAUUUUUGAAUUACAUAAUAAAUGAAACAGAAUUCUUCUUAAAUAAAAGAAAAUAUAAAAAAUUUGUCAGUUAACAUUUAUAAUAUAAGGUAUUAUAUGUAUUAAGACAAAGUUCUUUCAUUCCAAACUGUCAACAUUUUUCAAGGUAGUUCUUAAAAAACAAUGAAAUGACAUGUUUCAGAGAAAUUAUAUAUUGUAUUCUUCCUAGUUCUCGUAAAAGCAAGUCCUACUGUUAAAAUAUGAAAUGUAAAAGUUUGACAAUUAUAGAGUCAUGUUUUUAGAAACAAUUUAAAGAUUCAUUUUUUCUCAACAAGUUGAGAUUUGACACAAAAUCGAAUAAAAAUUUUAGGUUUUUACGGUGACUCGAAGUCUUAUACAUAAUACUUGACAUGAGAGAACAAUCAGUAUCGACAAGGAUAAACGGUUUUCUUUAUAAUAUUUAAAUGGGGUUGAAAGUAUAAAAAAACCUUUGUCGGUUCUGCGAUGCUGCUAAAGCAACGGCUGUAACUAGUUAACAAUUGUUAAAAAUUGUAUAUGUAGCUUACUUUUUUUAUAUACCAAUUUAUUUCUGUAAUGGACCCAAAAUAUAUUUUAAACGAUAAUUAUCCAAGGUAAACAUUUUUUGUAUAGAUCAACAAAUUUUUCUGCAAUUGAAGCCUCUUAUAAUAGUGUUGAAAAGAUUUUCUACGAUCAGAGCCUUCGUGUAAAUAAUGUUACAGUUAUUUGAGCUUUCUAUUUUGCAUUUCUUCUGCAUUUACUGAUUUCUUAAUUUUAUUUCAGUCACAGGCAAAAGGAACAUUUUAUUAUGCGUUCUAUUGUAAAUAAUGUGAAAUAGGUGUAAAUUCAAAUGGAAAAAUUAACGGAUUGGAAAUGAGUGCAUUCUUGCAUAUUUAAUUAUCUGCGAUGUUUCUGUUAUAAAAAAUAAAAAAGAUGCACUAACCUUUACUGACGUGAGUUUCAAUCGCUUAUGAUCGCACAUAAGCUGUAAAUAGUGUAAACAUGUUCCAUUACCUGUACCAAUAAAAAUGUCAGAUUACAGAAAUAAAGUAUAAUUUUAAAUAGUCCAAAAGAA